CAUCAUUGGAACAACUAAAAGGAUUUCUAUAAAUAAUACCAAUAAUUAUUUCUAUUAUCCGCAAUUAAGCUAUUCUUUUCCAUAUUGUGUCAUUCAAAUUUCUAGCGAACUAACCAACCAUGUUUCCAACUACAUAACACGAGCGGCGAAUGUAACAGCUGACUACACGUCAUACAGACAAACCAAUCAUCCUACUCCUAUUGCAUGUGAAUAUUCUCCAUUCAACAUUGGAUAUCAUCCACGCUAACACUACUUAACAACUCAUGACUGAAUCGGACAACAACCAAUGAAUAGACUUCCGAAUCGAAGUACUCUCCUCAUUUUAAGAACAUUAAGCAAGAUGACUGGAGUUGACAAACCCAUUGAAAAUGCCAUCAGAGUAAAGUUGGAAAAAGGCCUGAGCCCUUCGUUUUUAGAAAUAUUCAAUGAAUCUUACAUGCACAAUGUUCCCGAGGGCUCAGAGACACAUUUCAAAGUCGUCGUGGUAUCAGACCAGUUCAGUGAUCAACCUCUGAUAAAAAGACAUCGGAUGGUCAACGAAUUGCUGCAGCACGAAUUGAAGAAUGGAGUUCAUGCUCUAUCAAUUGUAGCGAAAACACCAGCCCAAUGGGAACAGAGCAGUCAGACAGUCUCCCCCAGUCCAGCAUGUAGAGGAGGAUUCGGUAAAUAAUUAAUUCAUCUUAGAAAACAAUAAAACAUUUUGAAAAUUAUCAUUUAUUAUCCACUUCAAACCUCGUUUUAUGAAUUUACAAUAUCGACGAGGAUUAUGAAUACAGUUAUUAUCCACAACGA